AUGAAGCUCUUCAACGCCUUCGCUACAGCGCUCGGUCUAGCUGGUCUAGCUCAAGCCCACAUGGAGAUGACAUAUCCUGCCCCCUUCAAGAGUAAAUACAACCCCAACGCCGGACAGGACAUCGACUACAGCAUGACCUCGCCCCUCAACGCCGACGGAAGCAACUUUCCCUGCAAGGGAUACAACUCUCUCUACGGCACCGCUGCUGGUGCACCGACCGCUACGUGGCAGGCUGGAAAGUCGUACAGUAUCAGCAUCGCUGGCGGUGCUGAUCACGGGGGCGGCAGCUGCCAGGUCUCACUCUCUUUUGAUCGCGGCAAGACUUGGGUCGUUAUCCAGUCGUGGAUUGGAAACUGUCCCAAGGCGCCGACUUCGAACUUUCAAUUUACUCUUCCGGCUGAUACACCAGCCGGAGAGGCUAUUUUCGCUUGGACUUGGUUUAACAGGAUUGGAAACCGCGAGAUGUACAUGAACUGCGCGGCUAUCACGGUCAAGGCUGGAAGUGGAACAGCAAAGACAGCACUCAAGAAGCGGCCUGCUAUGUUUGUCGCCAACGUCGGAAAUGGAUGCAAAACUACGGAGAUGGUUGACCUCAUGUUUCCUCAGCCGGGACCUAAUGUUGACCUCACUUCGACCAACACUGGACCGCCGGUCGGCCAGUGUGCCGCUUUACCAGCACCCUAUAUUCCCUCCGGCUCUGGUUCUCCUUCUCCGACGAAGACAACUACUACAAAGAAGCCGACUACGACAAAGGCACCAGUGAAGUCCACAGCCCCAGGCGGUGUUUUCAUCACUGUUCCUUCAACCACCAAGAAGGCGACCAAGACGACCCUCAAGUCAACAACCCGCAAAACAAGCACCACUACACCGAUCAAGCCUGCGCCGACCAAACCCGCCGCCGGUGUCAUCACUCCCGGCACAGCUUGCAAGCCUGAGGGCUACUGGAACUGCAUCACGACAGGAACAGCCUUCCAGCGAUGCGCUUCAGGUACUUGGUCAGUCGCGAUGGCUGUUGCGCCAGGAACAAGAUGCGUUCCCGGACAGAGCAUGGAAUUCACUAUCCAGUAUGCCUGA